CUUCCUAAGGGAGGACGAAGUUCACUGGUUCCCCCCAAAAACUCUUUUAUAGAUAAAAAAAAAAUAAUUUAAAAAAAAUCUUUUUUUUUUAUUACUGUAGUCAGAAGUAGAACCAACCGUGGUAUAUUACAGGGGAGUGGCGUAAUAAAGGGUCAAUGAUUUUUUUUUGUCACAUGUUAGAACUGAGAUAGUUCCGCAAGAGUUCCUACGUGUGCUUUCACUGCUUAGAUUUUUCAGUUUGUUUGAUAAAAGCCUCCAAAUGGAAUACCAGCCUAUCGCGAGCGGCAGUCAAAGUAAUAAAUAUGGAAUGGCGAACCCCUGCUAUGCCCCGGCAGCGACAGGAACUCCAGCCAUGUUCGCCCCACCCACCGCUGAAUCCCACGGCCCGAGCGCUCCGCCGGCCACCAUGUUUGACAGCAUGCCGGGAUAUGAAGGAACAGUUGCGGGUGGAGGAGGAUUUUUGCCACCUCCCAUGCCUGCUCAUCCAGCUCCUCAGCCUACACCUGGACUGGAUCAGCCAUGUUGGAACAUCCCAUCUAUAUCUGAAGAUACUGCCCGAGAGGCCUUCAUGCUUUUUGCCUCCAGCAAAUGCUGCUACAGCUCUGCUCCUGCAAAAGAUGGCGUGAUCACCAACAUGGAGGCCUUCAAUACAUACAGGUAUCGCCUAGAGACAUUUACAGAGUCUCGAUCUACAGAAUGGAGCCAUGAACCAUACACUGGCCAAACAGUGGAUGCUUUUGCCCAGCCACCUCCAGGGCCUUGGGACAUUCAUGCAAACGCACCAAAUUUGUUUGUGGAGGGAAAACAGUGCAUCAAAGUUCCAUACACAUCAUCUCUAAAGAACUGUCACAGCUGUGUGGGAAUGGGGAGAAAACCUUGCAAAGAUUGUGCUGGAGCUGGAAACAAACUCUGUUGGGUGUGCAAUGGAUCUGGAUUUCGCUCUGGAGAUGACAGAUGUCACCACUGCAAUGGCAGAGGCAGAGAGAAUUGCAAUCGCUGUAAUGGGCAAGGAUCCAGGAUGUGUGAGAUUUGCCAUGGAAAACAGCAACUUCUUGUCUACAUCAACCUCACUGUGAAAUGGACUAACAACACUGACAAUUAUGUUGUGGAACAGUGCAGUGGACUUCAGUUGGAAAAUCUUAAUAAGGUGUCUGGCAAGGAGCUUUUCAAAGACUCCCAGAUGAUGGUGUACCCUGUGAUGGGCUUUCCAGAUCCUACAGUGGUACAAGCAUCCCAGCGUCUUGUCAGUGAACACCAGGGAAAAUAUUUUCAGACAUCUCGCGUUUUACAGCAGCGCCAAACCAUUGAGCUGAUCCCAGUCACAAAAGUCACCUACACAUGGAAAGGGAAAUCCCACCUUUAUUUUGUUUAUGGAAAUGAGUUCCAAGUUAGUGCGGAUAAUUAUCCUGCUACUUGUUGUUGCUCUGUAAUGUAAUUGUGGUAGCUGAACGUGAGAUCUGGUUAUCAAUCAAAGUCAUAGGACUUGUAAGUCAGUAAUUUUUUCUUUUGAAUCAUUUUCCCAAAAUAUAAAGGGGAAAUUAUAAAAAUGUGUAAAUCAAAGCAUAAAGGAAAUAUGGGAAAUAGAAAAAGUGAAAGUACCUAGAAAUAUUUAAAGUGAAUCCAAGUUAACUGAAUAUAGUCAACACUUUUGCUUGACAAACUGAAUGUUUUUUUUUAACCAAUUUCUUGGGUCUCUUUUGAAUCACAUGUUCUGAGACACGUGAAAAGAACAAGAAGAAAAAACUACUUAUUUUUUAACUGUUAUUUCACUUUGAAUAAAUCAGCCUCCAUUGUGUAUUUUAAUAACAAAUAAUCGACUUGAAUAACUGCAAUUGUAAUAAAUUUUGUAUUUUCUCUUGACAUUAUUUUUCAUCAAAAUGUUAAUAAAUGCCUCACAAUCA